AUGUCAAAGAUUUCAUCAAAGGCGGUCAUCAAGGCGUUAUUUGCGCUCUGUUGCUUGCUGAUCUUAAGUUGUAACAAUGUUGAUGCAUUGGAUUGUUUCAAUUGCAAUGGCAUCACUGACAUAAAAACCUGCCAAACAACACAAACAUGUGCACCCAAUCAGGCAUGUUAUUAUAGGAGAAGAUCAACUGCUGGUGGAGAUGUUAUUGACAUGGGCUGCAUUGCACAGAACAUGUGCACAGAUGCGAGUUUACAAGGUGGAGCAGGCCUAAUUGGUCGUGCACUUGACCUUCGACAGGCUCCAAGUUGUAAUGAAUGCUGUUCCAUCAAUCGAUGUAACGACCAGCUGUGCACACAUAGACAGGCGUCUGAAUGCAUAGAUGAGGAGACUGUUGACUGCGCAAAGAUGAACUCACUCUUCCAUAUUUGUUCAGCUAAUUACAAGCACGCAUCUCAAGUUUGCCCUCGGUUUUGUGGACUAUGUAAUAUUACGGACGGAAACUGGUCCGAUUGGACAGUCUGGUCAGCUUGCAUCAUCACGUGUGGAAAUGCUACGCAAGCGAGGACCCGGACUUGCACCAACCCCGCACCAUUUCACGGCAAAGACUGCGAAGGUGCACCCUCUGAACACAAAGUCUGUGUACGUGUUCCGUGUCCCAUCGAUGGCGGUUGGACAAGUUGGUCUGUUUGGGGUCAAUGCUCCGCCAGUUGCGGGGUGGGAAUCCAGCAGCGAGAUCGAUUCUGUACCAACCCAUCGCCAAGAUGGUUCGGAAACCACUGCUUUGGGGAAUCCAGAGAUGAUAGGAUAUGCAUGCUUAAGGCAUGCUCAAACGGUGUAUGGUCGGUUUGGAGUGGAUGGAGCACAUGUCCGGUGACAUGUGGAGGUGGAAUCAGUCAUAGGGGAAGACAAUGUAACCAUCCGCCGCCUUCACCGUACGGGACCUACUGUACUGGAGACGCUGAUCAAACUCAAAUCUGCAACAAUGCACCAUGCGGUGUAGUCAAUGGCGGCUGGUCAAGAUGGGGGAGUUGGGAUACCUGCUCUGUAACAUGUGGAGGUGGCGUUCAGAGAAGACACAGGUCCUGUACCAACCCGAGCCCUUCCACACUCGGACACUCAUGCGCUGGCACAGACGAACAGACAAACAUCUGCAACACUGGGUCAUGCUACACACAAGUACGAUUGAUCGGGACGUCAAACACAAUGUACAACCAGGGAAGGGUUGAGAUCUUCUACAACAACUCCUGGUGGACCGUCUGUGAUGAUAGUUUUGAUGACAAUGAUGCUGGUGUAAUCUGUGGAAUGCUUGGAUUUCCACGCAACGGUGGGGUAGCCAAAACGGAAGCGUACUUUGGGCAAGGCUCAUCACAGGAACGGAUUUUGUUUGACGAACUUGCCUGCCAUGGCAACGAACAGUCUAUUUUUCAAUGCCACCACAACGGACUUGGUAUUCAUAACUGCGGACAUGGUGAAGAUGCCGGCGUCAUCUGCACUACUAAUGGGAAAAUUCGGCUGGCUGGCAGUGACUCCUACCAUGAGGGUCGAAUUGAGAUCUUUUUCAACGGACGCUGGGGAUCAGUCUGUGACGACGGCUUUGGUGCGGGAGAUGCGCAGGUCGCGUGCCACAUGCUUGGUUUUCAACGAACGGACGCAGUUGCAACGGAUCGUUUUGGACCAGCUUCUUCCAGCGUUCCAAUAGUCUUGGACGAUGUUGUGUGCUCUGGGACGGAGUCAUCACUUCUAGAUUGUCGAUAUUCAACACAUGGUGACGAGGACUGCAGCCAUGGAGAAGACGUUGGAGUCAUCUGUAAAAUUUGAACACCCGAAGUUGGAUACGUCUACCCAUGUAUUGAAUUUAUUGAAUUUGCUCUAAUUCUCGACAUAAUUAAAGAUUUUUAGAAAUUG